UUAGACACUUGAACUUUGCCAUCCUGAACGACGUACGGGGUCUUUCCAACAUGGCGCCUGUCUUUGAAGGUGUGCAACUAUGCUCUAUCUCGGACAAUUCCGGACAAUUUCAGAGUUCUUCGCCACAGAUGGUCAAACUUGAGGUCAAACACGAUGGCCAAGAUUCGACCGUCGUCAUAUACACAGGUAACCAAGAUGCCAUGACGUUCCUGCUUGAUGUGAACACGGAGUGCAGCCGCGUGGGGCGACAGUCGUUCAUGCUCACGUCACAGGAGAACAGCCUGCUUCUGCGCUUCCCUACAACCGGGGCAUUUUCAGAAUUUUAUGACCAUGUGGAGGACGCCAGGCACAAGACAAACACCAAGAAGAGACGGUCCAUGUUCCAGAUGAGAACAGACGAGGCUUCUGCUACACAGUAUUUCCAGUUCUAUAGCUACCUGUCCCAACAACAAAACAUGUUACAGGACUAUGUCAGAACAGCCACCUAUCAGAGGGCAAUGCUGCAGAAUAUGGAAGACUUCAGAGGCAAGGUGGUUAUGGAUGUGGGGGCGGGGUCAGGGAUUUUGUCGUUCUUCGCCGUCCAGGCCGGAGCAGCGAAAGUGUACGCUGUGGAAGCGAGCAGCAUGGCAGAACAUGCAGAGAAUCUGAUCAGGGCGAACGGUCUGAGCGGAAAGGUGCAGAUGAUUCGCGGGAAAGUUGAGGAGGUGACGGUACCUGAGCAGGUGGACGUGAUCAUCUCAGAGUCCAUGGGGUACAUGCUGCUGAACGAGCGCAUGUUGGAGAGUUUCCUACACGCCAAGAAGUGGCUCAAACCUGGAGGGAGGAUGUUUCCUUCCCGCGGAGACCUGCACAUCACCCCGUUCAUGGACGAGCAACUCUACAUGGAGCAGUUCAACAAGGCCAACUUCUGGUACCAGGAGUCCUUCCAUGGCGUCAACCUCUCUGUGCUCCGGGAUGCUGCGGUUAACGAGUACUUCAGACAACCUGUUGUAGACACGUUUGACAUCAGAAUCUGCAUGGCAAAGACAGAGAAGUACACUGUGGAUUUCCAGACUGCAGAUGAGACUGACCUCCACAGAAUUGAGAUUCCCCUGAGAUAUGAGAUGCUGGCCUCAGGCUCCAUCCAUGGUCUUGCUUUCUGGUUCGACUGUGCAUUUAUAGGAACAAGUGAGACAAUAUGGCUGUCAACUGCCCCAACAGAGCCUCUUACCCACUGGUACCAGGUUCGUUGUCUGCUGCGAUCACCGCUGUUUGUGAAAGUCGGUCAAGUCGUGUCUGGAGUAGCCACCUUGGUGGCUAACAAAAGACAAAGCUAUGAGAUCAUGAUUGAACUAGAGAUAGAAGGAACGGGCAUGUCUUCAAGAAACACGCUCGAUCUCAAAAACCCCUUCUUCCGGUACACGGGAGUGACGCCAGCAGCGCCACCCGGGAGCCACACGGGAACGUCAUCGCCGUCGGACAGCUACUGGCAGUCGCUGACUCUGUCCACGAACGUGGGGAACUCGACGCAGGUGGUACCCAGUAACCACGCGGUGGCCAUGAACGGGUACGACGGCAACGCAGCCAACAUCAUGCAGUCUAACCUCAUUCCACUUGGUAAGGAGCAGUGGCAUGAAAAUAGAGGUCUUGCUUUGGCCAACACUGCGUGCAUCUCUCACCCAACCACGGUGGCGGGGGGCACCACAGUGAGGCAGGUGGGCGGGGUCAGCACCAUGCCGACGCCCUGCUCCAUCGGAGGCGGGAUCUCGCCCGCCGCCUUCACCAACCAGACCACCAACGCCAACAUGAACUACUCCGCAGGAGGCCAGUACGGCUUCGGGCAAGGCAUGAUGCAGAUGUCGGCUCAGGGCGGGGCCGGGUUGCCGGGGCAACAAGUGGACGGACUGAACCAUUAACCUCAGCUUGCUUGCAUAGCCCACCCUCAUGAAAAAUGCUUACAAACUGCAUGUUUCCUAGACUUAUGUAUUCAAUCUUAUAUUGCAAGAACUGUAUCAGUUUCUACUUCCUUUUCUCUAUAGUUACUGGAACCUAGACUCUUUCAUUUCAUCUCCAAGCAGAUGUUGCGGUGAAAGAUUGUAAUGUUUUCAGACUGUGUUGCUUUGUUUCCUGACAAUUGGGGUGAGGAUAUGUCAGAAAACAUUACGGUCUUCCACCCCAACAUCUGCUUGGAGAUUAGCCUUUAUCAUUUAUGCAGUGCUUACCUGAGGGAAGGGGAUGAACCAUUGAUUAUAUCGUGCGGUACCCCAUAUAUGCAUUAUAUUACUUAUAGACGGGUAAUAAGUAUAAGUUAGUGCUAGAUAAAAAAAUUGGGAACAUCAAUGACAUCUUGGCACAAUGUAUAUCUACUCUUUUCAAAAUGAUCACUUCAAAGAAAAGUAGAGACAAUAGCAAAACUUCCUGUCUGCCAAAUCAUUGACAGAGCAAAAAGCAUUGUGUAAAGAGGAUCUGUGAGCUCGAGGAUAUUGUUAGGAAUUUAUAGAACACUUAUUGAUUGUUGGGGUUUUUAUGCAACCAGUUGAACAGUUGGGAAACAGAAGGGGCGCAAAUAGUUGGAUUUGGAUGGACAAGUAAAAAGUGGGAUUGGGGUAGACGGGUUAAAAAUUGUAAGAGAAAGUGUAGAUAUUUUACAAACAUGACAUCUCAAACAUCGUUGACCAGACUGCUUUUCCAGCCCCAUUAAGCUGAAGAGAUAUUUUGCUAAAUGUGCCAUUUUAUAGGGUUGCCAUUGCUUUGCUCUGCUUUCGUGCACUUUUUUGUGUGUGUCCAAAAUGUUUAAGUGUCCAGCUAUAUUAUGGAUGUGCCCCCCCCCCUUUUUUUACUUGUAUUAUUUCAUGUAAAUUAAUCAAACUUUAAACAGUGGGAUAAUGUUAGUUCAAGAUAUCAUCAAACACAAUGUAUCAAGUCAAAUCCUGAUCUUGGCACACAAGUUGAGUUAACUAUUUAUUUGUGCUAGCAAUUAAAUACUAGUCUUGUUUGGGGUAAUGAUGUCAUAACCAUAGAGUGGGGCUGGGGAAAUGGAUUUCAGAAAAGAUGAUUCACUACUAACAUGUUUUUUGCGGGAGGGGGGCUUCAGGAGAUGAAAUACUGGUUCCAUUGCAAAAAAGACCAGUUUGUACAGUAACUGUAAAAAAAACUUUGCUCUGAUGCUUUAGUGGGCAAAUUACAAUAGACUUUGGAAGAAGUAUUGAUUUAGAUAUUUGAUUUACAAAAAUUUAGAUUCCUGAAAAACAUAAAACAUGGAUGGAUUUCAUUAUACUCAAUUUCUUCAUAGCCUUUUAUGAAGGUUCAAAAAUGCAGUAUCUACAUGUAACCACCAUACUAAUAAACACUGUAACUUUGAUAAUGUAUUUCUAAAUUGACUUGACAAGAUCAAACAUACAGGUUGAAGCUCUUGUAGAAUUGUUGCUAUUUUGAAUUGGAUAUCUACUUUCUUCAGUCUGAUAACUUUUAAACGUGUUAAGUGUUAAAUUUUUUUUUGCAAAAGACUACUAGACGUAUACUCAAGCAGGAAAAAACAUUCAAAACCUACCAUCUGUAUAAAUAGAUUCUUUCAAUGCAGCUUUUCAGGUGCAAGAAUGAUAAAAGGGAAGCAUGUUAGCAAAGGAGUAAGCCCUGUUUGUACCUCAGCACUACAAUGAUGCAUUCUGGUGUCUCGCCUUCAUUGUAUGCAAAAAUAGAAGCAGAACAAAUCUCUAUGGUUACUCUGUAUGGUUGCUAUGGUUACUAUGUAAUCUAUGGGACUUGCAUGUGGUCAGUAUUACUUGACCAUGGAGCUUGAUCUUUGUACGACAUAAAAAAGAUUUAGCCAACUGCAUGUGAACUAUGUGUCUGGUCAUGGUAGAAACAAUGUAUUUUGACUCCUGUGUGUGUGUGAAGACUACUACAUAUGUAUAUGUUUUCCACAUGUGCUGCAUUAAACAUGGCCAUGUUUCUUUCUUCUAAACCUUCUUUUAAAUGUAAACAUAGCAGUAGAAGUGUUCAUGCACAAUUUAGAAGAACACUCAAUGAAAUAAAGGGUAUGUCAUUUUGUA